CGAUUAGUAUUAAAAAAGUAGUGAUGAAGAAAAUAUGUGCAUCAGUCCUACGGAUAUAAAUUUAUUAAAAAAGAGUGUUAAUUUAAGGUUGGUCGGCUUGACUACCGACAGAUUUAAGACAGUGCUUUAACAUAAAACAUAUGAAACGUCUUUUUGUAAAACGGACUGCAUUAAUUUUAAAAUAUUCGUUUCCAAUUUGGUUUGGAAGGUCCUUCAAGCGAAUGUCCAGUUUGACAGAUCGAACUACACCUGCUUCAAUAUCAGAGCUGACUGACCAGCUUAUCGAUCGUUUCGCUAAACAGAAGCUGAUGUCUGGAUCAUGUCGACAGUGGCGAAAGAUUGCCACGUCCAACCGACGUCCGGGAGACAUUCCGUUCACGCUCAUGAGCUACAAUAUAUUGGCUCAGGAUCUGCUAGAAAUGCAUCCGCAUCUAUACAACAGGCACGAUGCAGUGGCUCUAGUGUGGGCGCACAGAUACGAUAGGCUAAUAACCGAGAUCAAUAUAGUUAAGCCAGAUAUACUUUGCUUACAAGAGCUGCAGGAUGACCACAAGGAACAAUUUAGUGCCGGCUUGACUAACUUCAAUUACGAAGUCAUUUACAAAAAACGAACUGGUUUUAAGACGGAUGGAUGUGCUAUUUAUUAUCGAAAAGAUUUGUUCAACUUGAUCGAGUCUGAAGGUGUCGAAUUUUAUCAGCCAGAUGUUACGCGCUUGAACCGUGAAAAUGUAGCGAUUGUUGCAAAAUUUGAGCUGAAGUCAAAUCCUAGUCAGCGGCUGGUGGUUGCUACAACGCAUCUUCUUUACAAUCCUCGCCGCGAAGAUGUUCGGUUGGCUCAGAUUCAAGUGCUGCUAGCAGAGUUGGAUCGCUUCUCCUACGCGGGCAAAUAUAGUAAUGGAAUGCCCAAGUACAUUCCGACCUUAGUCUGUGGUGAUUUCAAUCUCCAGCCUUUUACGGCUCCGUAUAUGUUAAUGACUACCGGUUUUCUGCACUACGAAAAUCUAACCGGUAACACGCUAGAAACUGGUGGUUAUGGACCUCCUGUGGGCAAGGUAUUACUUCCAUCGAAACUAGGAAUUACUGACGAUUGCCGACAUGAAUGUUUGCUUAAUCGGGAAAACGAAGACAGUAAUAUAAGCACCAGGUUACAUCACGCGGAAAAAGAUUCACCGCCAACUCCACCCUCAAGCCCGGAAAACAGUUGCACAUCAAAGGUCGAACGUUUCAACCAAGGCACGCUGAAACAUCGCUUUCAGUUUAGCUCGGCCUACCGACAUGGAUUGGGCACAAACUGCCAGGAAGCAUCCACAUUUCAGGGCGCCUGGAUCACAGUCGAUUAUCUGUUUUACACCAAGUUUUCCAAAACUGAUGAAAAAUCUGCCUUCACCAAGAGUAACCUGAAACUGGUAGCCACCUAUUCGCUGCCGACAGUUCGGCAAGCAGCCGAAAUCUAUUCGAUACCAAAUAUGUACUUUGGUUCAGACCACUUCGCACUGGCUGGGAAAUUUUUGUUGAGAACAGAAACGGCUAAGCUGUAGGGUUUGUGUUUUAUCUUUGUUUACUGUUUUUUUAAUUCUUUGUCAUAAAUAA